AUGCCAGCUGAGAAGCGAAAAAAACAAAGGAUGUUGGCGCUAAAAAAUCCGGAAAAUGCAGAAGCCUUUAUUGAAGGCAAACGUAGAAUCCUGCGUAUUUUGUUGGAUUUAAAAGCUUAUGAGGCAGCUGUUGACUAUCAAAAAAUCCGGGACGAAUAUAUGACACGUUAUAAGACUAAUUUGAAUGCUGUGGAGCACUUACGAUUAUUUUUAUGCAAAUCGGCAUGGAAGAAUUUUUGCCGAGUUUUUUUCCGAGAAGUUGAUUUAACGAAUAACAGCCCAAUUCAUAUUCGAUUGAAAAGUCCGAACAUAACAUGUAACAGUUGA